UUUACAACAACACGAUCUACCUCUAGGACACUAUGAAACCUACAUGUUGAUCUCAGUGUUAUCAGCUCUUAUGCAACACUUUUCCGUAACAGGUAGAAUCACUAGCUGACUUUAUAUUGAAGAUGAGCACCUUACAGAGAUUUACACUGUAAAUGCCAGCUUGAUCAAACAUGCUUACCAACGAGGAGCACCCAAGGAAUCUGAUCCCUGAGCUUUGUCGUUUGUUUUACAAUCUUGGUUGGGUGACCGGGACUGGAGGAGGUAUCAGCAUAAAGGAUGGAGAAGAAAUCUACAUUGCCCCUUCAGGAGUCCAGAAAGAGAGAAUACAGCCAGAGGACCUAUUUGUGCAGACAAUGGAUGAGAAAGACAUUGCAGGACCACCGCCUUCUAAAAAGUUAAAGAAAAGCCAGUGUACACCCCUUUUUAUGAAUGCUUACACUAUGAGAGAUGCUGGUGCAGUGAUUCACACACAUUCCAAAGCUGCUGUCAUGGCAACACUAUUGUUCCCAGGAAUCGAAUUCUGUAUCACACACCAGGAAAUGAUCAAAGGAAUCAGAAAGUGCAAAUCUGGUGUCAAUUACAGAUAUGAUGAAAAACUGAUUGUUCCAAUUGUUGAGAACACGCCUCAUGAAAAAGAUUUAAAGGAGGCUAUGUCAAGAGCCAUGGAGGAUUAUCCAGACACAUGUGCAGUGUUGGUCCGAAGACAUGGUGUUUAUGUAUGGGGAGAAUCCUGGCAGAAAGCAAAGACUAUGUGUGAAUGCUACGACUACCUGUUUGAUAUAGCUGUACAGAUGAAACUCCACGGACUGGAUCCCACAGAAUUACCUUCUGUGCCUAAAGGAGCUUACAUUACGGGAUGUCGUUGAUGCACGAUCUCUUAAACUUUUUUUCAUCACUCACACUCAUAUCACCCAAAUUUUGAUGGAUCCAUGAUCUUUUUUUUUCAAAUAGUCUACGUCACUAGGACAUAAACUGUAAAUGUACUUAAUUUGAUGCAAUAAAAUUUAAGCGUUAUCAUAUUUUAGAGAAAUAUUUUCAGUGCGAAAAGUGCUUAAAUAUGAUUUAUCGCUGAAAUGUGUACAUUCAUAGUAUCAUUUAAGUCUAGAUUUCUUAAGGUGUCUUUCUCACUUAAACUUGUAUCUCAGACAGAGGCAUUGGAUUGGUUCAUUUAUCUCAAAUAGUUUGUGUUACCUGGACAUAUAUCAUCAAAGUUGUGACAGAUCAUCAGAGUUUGAAAGAUCCAUGCAUGAGCUUAUAUCACUCAAAAGUCUUAUCACAGAAAUCUUGACAGAGUGUUGGUGAAUCCAUUGCAUAUAUUCAUGUGAAUGAAGUCUUCAUCAAUCCUAUCAUCUAUGACCUAUGUGAUUCAAAAGGACCCUCCAUCACUUAAACAUAUUACUGAAAUGUGUGACUGCUUUUAAGCGGAAUGAAUAUAUGUUAAUAUUUAGUUAAACCCCAUUAUCAUAAAGUCGGCAGGACUGUGGAAAAACAUGAAGUUUUAGGAGUAUCAAAUUUACGUAAAUUUGAAUGUUUUGUGUGACGUUUGGUCGCGACCAUCGAAAUACUUUAAAUUACAAAGAGUCUUUGAAUUAUAAGAGUUUGAGAUAACAAGGUUUGACUGUAUUAAUGUUUCAGCAAAACACUAAAUAUUAGUUUUUUUUAAGUAAGGACUCUCUUAUCCGAUCAAAUCUUUACAGAUUCGUCCUUUCUUAACAAAUUCGAAAAUAUUUAAAAAUUAAUUGACAUUGUUUACUUUUUACUGAAUUUUAUGUGAAUGUCAUAUUUUUGGCAUGAAUUAAACAAUUCUGAGAUUCUUUUCAUACUCAUGUGUACCAUAUCUUUAUGCUGGCUGUGCUAUAUUUUUCCUGAAGUACCGUUAGAUAGAUAUUGCCUACAAUUUUUUCAUAGUUACUGAGAGUGUAAACAGAAACAAGUCUGUUAGAUGUUUUGCUUGUAAGUAUGCUGCACAUUUUUAUCAAACUGAUAUUGUGCACUCCUCAAUAUCUGAGAGUCCAAUAUCGGCCCAGGUUAGGUUGACAAUAAUGUAUACACAUAGAGAGCUAUCACUUUUCCUGGUGCUGUACUAGCCAGAUUUUUGUAGUAUAUUAGCCAAAAGUGUAUGAUCAAUUUUUAUAAGAACUAUAUAUAGUUUGGGCCAUUUUUUGCUCCAAGUUCAUCAAAUUUCCAAGCCUUUAACUUUAACCAAACAUUGAAAUACCUGUUUCUGUAAUUUUUAUACCUCUUGGUGCAAUUAUGAAAAAAAAAUUGUUUGCCUUUCCCAACUACGGUUGCAAUAGUUACAAUUUGUCAUUGUCAUAGAAAUUUUAAUAUUUAUUCAAUUUGCCAAAUUUGGCGUAUUUUUUUCUCUCAGAAGGUAGCUCAUUACUGUUGUAUGACAUGUGUUUUCUCUUUAUUACAUGAAUUACCAAGUUAAUUGUAUUACACUGAUUCAAUCCCUACCUUUAUCUGUAUUGUAAGAAUUUUUGUGAAUACUAGCCUAUUAUGUCAUUAUGUUGGUGUACAAUACUCAAUAAGUCAUAUCUAUUGCCUGCAUCUUCGCAUAAUUUUCUUUUUGAAAUGAAUUUGUAUUGACAGUACCCACAAAUACAUGACACUAAGUUGUGUAUUGAUGAAAUACUGUUAGUGUUGCAUUCCUGCUUUUGAAAAAGAUCGAACUAAUUCAUUUUCCCGAGGACAGUUUCACAAUGACAACAUUAGCAUACAAACAUAUAUUGUUAUAGAUUUAUAAUGCUAAUGUUGUAAUAAUAAUGGAUGGCUAAUUUUGUAGUUACAAAUGAACAUCAGCACAUUUUUAAAUUAAACACAAAAACUUAUAUAAUACUAAGUAAUCCCUCUUUUUUGAGACGAGAGAGAUUCAUUGGUUGAAUAUAUCAAAGUUCAUAGAUGUAUUGUGUUCAAUAUCUACAUUGUGUUGAGAGUCUAUUUUGAUAUAAUCACUUCACUGUAUAUCUGAUCAAGAUUACUCCCCAGUUAAUACAGAUAUAGUUGAACUUUGUUAGUAAUUGGAACCUGAAUGUUUCAAGAUAUUACAUUCAGUUAGGAUGAAUGUUGACUUGAAAUGAAAUAAAUCUUGCCUUGCUGAAAUGUCA